AUGAGUGCGUAUUCGAGGGGAACGAUUGAUUCAGAGAACUACCAAAAAUACCGCCUGACCUAUCCGAAAAGCUUGUACGAUGCGAUUGUGGCAUACCAUUCGGGGAGGAAGAACAGGGCUCUAGAUAUAGGCUGUGGAACGGGGCUUGGAACAUUUCCCCUUUUGAAUCAUUUUGAUGAAGUCACUGGUUGUGAUCCUUCAGCUAAAAUGCUUGAAGCUGCACAAAUUGAAAAAGGUAGGCUCCCAAAUAGUCUACAAGGCAGAAUAAUCUUUGAAAAGGUGCUUGGAGAAGACCUUGCCGACCGUUUUGCCAGCAACUCAAUCGAUUUAAUUUGUGGAGGCGAAUCGAUACAGUAUGUUGACUUCAAGAAAUUCUUUGAAGCCGUUCAUAAGACGCUGAGGCCAGGCGGUACAUUAGCAUUUUGGUUUUAUGCCGAUCCAGUUUUUGUUAAUAACCUUAAGGCAACUCAAAUUUUCAAGAAUUUUUGUUAUGAAGAUGGCCGAUAUUUUCAGUCAGUCUUACCUUCACAAAUUGAAAUUAUUAGAUGUUUGGGGCAGAAUAUUGAAAUACCGAAGAGCAUGUUUGAAAACAUCGUCAGUGAGGUAAACUAUCCUGGUACUUCAGGAAGGGGAUCGACACAAUUUCGGAUCACAAAAUGGUUUUCAUUACAGGAUCUAAGGAAUUUUAUGAGCACUUGGGGUUACUACCAAAACUGGCUUGAGCAAAACAAAGGUAAUUGCGAAGACAUUAUUGAGGUCCUAAUGAAGAAGCUGAAAAGUGAGUGCGGCUUUAAGGAGGAGAAAACAUAUGAGCUUGAAUGGGAGACCUCCUACUACCUUGCCAGGAAAAAAGCUUCCAUAUGA